UAAAACCACCGCGUAAUGCAACCAUUUGAACUGCUUCCUCUCAUCUUUCAAGACCUCCUCAACGCGUCGCUUUUGCUUCUCCUUUUUUCUACUUCCUUUUUACGAACAAGACCCGUGUGCUUUUCGCAUGACCUCACUCUUCGUAAACAUUCCUGCAAAACAGUAUUAUGCCCGCACGUAUUUUUUGCAGUUCGAUUUGUCAUUUCUCUAUCUAGAAUUCGCUCUUUGAAGGUUUUCUUCUUCUUCUCUCUCGGUAGUUCUGAUAUUUGUUUUUUGAUAUUGAAUGAAAAUAUCGGAGUCGCCGGAGAGCGGAGAUGACACAGCGACCACAAUGAAUGCUCAGUUGAACGAAUCUUCGGAUCUUAAUCUAUCGCGUAGGAGGAGACCUGGUGGCAGCUCAAAUACGACCGUGCCUGAUUCUUGUUCCAAGACAAGUUCGUCGGAGGCGGAUUAUUUGGACGGAGAUUCGAGUAGAGGCGAAAGUGCCGCGGUUAAAGGAUGCGAGGGCGGCAAGGAUGCCGUGGAAUUUCAGAAUUCGAUGAGGAACGUGGAGAGGAUUGAGAAUCAUGAGAACCGACUAGGAUCGAGAUUCACGUAUCGGCCGUCCGCACCGGCUCAUCGCACAAUUAAGGAGAGUCCGCUUAGCUCGGAUGCAAUAUUCAAACAGAGUCAUGCAGGCCUCUUCAAUCUCUGUAUAGUAGUUCUUGUUGCUGUGAACAGCAGGCUGAUCAUCGAAAAUCUAAUGAAGUAUGGAUGGUUAAUAAGGACUGGGUUUUGGUUUAGCUCAAGAUCAUUGAGAGACUGGCCCCUUUUUAUGUGUUGUCUCACACUACCAAUAUUCCCUCUUGCUGCUUUUCUGUUUGAGAAGUUGGCUCAAAAAAAUUUAAUGUCUGAACCUGUUGUUGUUUUACUUCACAUAGUAAACACUACAGCUGCAGUUUUAUACCCUGUUUUGGUGAUUCUAAGGUGUGAUUAUGCCUUCAUGUCUGGGGCUACGUUGAUGCUCUUUGCUUGUAUUGUGUGGUUAAAGUUGGUAUCUUAUGCUCAUACCAACUAUGAUAUGAGAGCCCUUGCCAAGUCUGUUGAAAAGGGGGACACACCGUCAAGCUCUCUGAACAUGGAUUACUCAUAUGAUGUCAAUAUCAAGAGUUUGACAUAUUUUAUGGUUGCUCCCACGUUAUGUUACCAGAUUAGCUAUCCUCGUACACCAUAUGUUCGCAAGGGUUGGGUGGUUCGUCAAUUUGUCAAGUUGAUAAUAUUUACUGGAUUUAUGGGAUUUAUAAUUGAACAAUAUAUCAAUCCUAUUGUUCAGAAUUCACAGCAUCCUUUGAAAGGAAACCUUUUAUAUGCCAUUGAGAGAGUUUUGAAGCUUUCAGUGCCGAACCUCUAUGUUUGGCUAUGCAUGUUCUACUGCUUUUUUCAUCUCUGGUUAAAUAUACUUGCUGAACUUCUUUGUUUUGGUGAUCGUGAGUUCUACAAGGAUUGGUGGAAUGCCAAAACUGUUGAGGAGUACUGGAGAAUGUGGAAUAUGCCUGUUCAUAAGUGGAUGGUUCGUCAUAUCUAUUUCCCAUGCUUAAGGAACGGGAUACCCAAGGGUGUUGCUCUCAUCAUUGCCUUCUUAGUUUCUGCGGUCUUCCAUGAGCUAUUCAUUGCUGUUCCCUGUCACAUCUUCAAGUUAUGGGCUUUCUUUGGAAUAAUGUUUCAGGUUCCCUUGGUGUUUAUCACAAGUUAUCUGCAGAAUAAGCUCAGAAGCUCAAUGGUGGGAAAUAUGAUGUUCUGGUUCUUUUUCAGCAUUCUUGGUCAACCUAUGUGUGUACUUCUAUAUUACCAUGCCUUGAUGAAUCGCAAUGAGAAGAUGGAAUAGAGGCAAAUUUUGUGUGACCUGCAAGUUAUAAUACCGGUGAGUAUAAUGCUGCUAUUUUUUGCUUCUGGGUAGCCUUAUUUGAUAUGCAGCAAGAUGCUGCGUUCGAUUACAUUUCAUUACCAUGUAUAGUGCCGCCUCCUGCUGGGAUACCCAGUUGUUCCUUCGGGAGCAAGAUUUUUGACAAUUUAUUCGUAUAUAAGCAAUUUUGGUGAUCUGCUA